UAAUAACAAUCGAUUAUUUAAAACAAAUAAAUCGACCUGUUUAUACAUUUUUUGUACACAAAAUUUCACUUUGAACAAAAUAAGUAAAUUUUAUUGAAGUGAAAAGUUACAGUACGGCAACAAUGAAAUUGCUGUUUGAUACGUCGCUGCCGUCUUCAAACUGUUCAAGACACUGGCUUCGAAGCGAGAUUUGUAGUCGACCGUCGCUACGUCGUGUCGUGUCGUCGUCUUAUGCAAGAAAUGAAUACAAUUUCUUAAAAAAGGCGUGUAAUGUGCUUGUUUGCAUGUGUGGAGCUUUCCAAUCCAACUAAUAGUAUGUUUACAUAUGAAAAUAAUCUCGUUCUAAGCUCGUUCAAUAAUCUAGCUGUUUAAAUAUAGCCAAAUGAGAUUAUCAAUUGUCAAAUGUGUUGCAUUUGUUGUUGUAUUACACAGAAGAAUCUUGUAUGAGAAAUCUCUUAAUUACAGUUUUUCGAGUUAAGCUCGUAAAUGGAGAUAAUUUUUUUAUAUGUAAACAUAGUAUUACACAUAUUUCUCUCGUUGUCGGUCAUUUUUGUUUACAUUUUCAUUUGACAUUUCUCCUCUUCUUCGCAAAAUUAUCGAUAAAACUAGGAAUAACACCGAAAAUCUUGUUGUAUAAAACGAGAUAAUUUUAUAAUCUCGGAUUAUCAAGAGAGGAAUUUUGUAUGAGAAAUCUCUUAAUUGCAGUUUUUCGAGUUAAGCUCGUAAAUUGAGAUAAUCUUGUUAUAUGUUAACAUAGUGUAACGAAAAUGGCACCAGAACAAACUAGAAUUGACAAUCGAAUCCAGAUCUAUCUAGACAUCGAUAUUCGUAGUUGCCAGAAUGUUCGAGUGACGAUAACAUGUUAGCAAUCGACUAUAUAAGCGCUGCCGGGCUGGCAGCAACACACAGUUCUGAUAAGAGAGUUGUCGAGUGAGGACAAUUCUAUGGAGAGAGUUGUCGAGCAAAGUGUAAACAAGUUAUAAGUUAGAGUUGUUAAGUAGAGUAUUGAGUACUAAAGUGUUAAGUUAUAAGGAAUUAGAAAUAAAGAUUAGUUUAUAGCCAUUAAAGUGUGACUUUUAUUUGACAAUCCAGUGAUCGAACUCAGGGGAGAGUUUUAGAAUAAACGACAGAUUUUGGAAAUCCUUUACAAUAGUAUCAUUUUCAUAUAUGAUACAGACUUGUGAGAGCGUUUAAUCAAAGCAAACAAUUUGAAAUCAUCGCAAACAAACAACAAUAAACUGAGCUAUGGCCAUCAGGGAUAAUCGAGGCCCGACUGUAUUAUUCAUAUUUGCUAAAUGUCUUACUCUUUCCCCAUUGGUCGUUCCCAAAAAUUACGAAUAGGCGAUUUAAAGUUUCAAUGUGUAACCUUGGUCUUUGCCGCACAUGAAUAUCGGUUAUCGAUUAAAAAUUAAGAUUUGCAAUGUCACAACUUAUACAGCUGUUAAAUUAUAACUUUAUCAUUGAUUAAGCAUUUGAAUUGGACAUGCAAAACAUAUAUCGAGUACAAAAGCGCGCCUUGGUCUUUAUAUCAUGAGUAAAAUAACAAUGGCAAGCAAAGUAGCUACUAAAUGGAGAGAGUCUGCAAGUUUAAUUAUUUUAGCAAAGAAUCAAAACAUUAAAGAUUUUGGUUGCGAUUAUCGAGUUUUAUUAUUCAAACGUGCUGAAAAAUCAUCGUUCUUUCCUAAUUCUGCCGUUUUUCCUGGAGGUGUACAUGAAACCAGUGAUGCUUCGCCUUCGUGGCUCAAUUACAUAAAAAGCUUUAGCCAAAGUACAGACCCAAAUAUAUUCCGGUGCAAUUUCCCACGUCCUGCUGUAUUUACUAAUAAUGAUAGAGGUCAAAUGCAAAGAGAGUUUUCAAUGCGCAUAACAGCUUUACGAGAAACAUUUGAGGAGACUGGAAUACUUCUUUGCCGAAAACGUCUGUCUACUCGGAAUAAAUUGUGCAGUAAUUAUAGCCACAGUUUUGAAGACUUUGACCGGGCUUAUUGGCAGAACCGAGUACACAAUGACCACACACAGUUUUUUACGCUUUGCAAAGAGUUGGACGUAGUUCCCGAUUUAUGGUCAUUGUUUGAAUGGGCAGCAUGGCUUACGCCGAUAACAUUUAAAAAAAGUUUAUAUAAACAUAUUUUUAGAUUUGAAACCGGUUUCUACUUAGUGGCGGUAGAGGAUACACCAGGUGUGAUACUGGAAAGUAAUGAAGCUGCAAAUUUUUCGUGGAAAACUCCAAUGGAAUUCAUUAGGGAUUACUUUAACAAAGAGUUAUAUCUUCCUCCUCCGCAGUUAUACGAGUUAUCAAGGCUGCUAAAUUUCUCUCGCUUAGAUGAAUUGAUAAAUUUUGCACGUGUUCGCUCCUCAAAGGGCAUUUCCCUAAUGCUUCCUGUUAUCCAGAAAUGUGCCGAUGGAACCGUAAGCCUAAUGCCAGGCGAUGACUUAUACAACAAUAAUAUAGAAGAAACAAACAAAGUAAAUGCUGAAACUAUAACAAUUGAACAAUUUCGAUCGGAUGUUAAGAAUUUGCAUCGCGUGGAGUAUUUUAAAAAUGGAUCAGUUUUUAUACAACAUAAUUGUUCACUGACAGAUGGACAUUUGCCACCGGUAAAAGGCAUUUUUCACUGACUGAAGUAAUAUUUACUUUACGUAAAAUUGCGAAACAUAUAUUCAGACGGAAUUGGUUAAAGAUAUAUUAUCUAAAAUGUAUUGGAAAUCUGGGAAUCUUUAGGAAUAAAUUUGGUUACUUAAUUAA